GGUUCAACUUUUGCAAAGUCGAGGAAAUUGGUUGCUUUUGGUGUUUCUCUGUGAUGGGCAAAGACGUUGGGAUGUUUCUCGAGUCGAGUCAGGCUGUAGAGUCGAGAGCGUCCAGGGGUAGGGGAAGCUUGGGCGCAAGUGGAGGUUGGAGUAGUGGGGGGAAGGUUUGGCGUUGCAGUCCUAGAGCCUUAGACUGGAGUUUAUCAGUGGUUGCUGCUAGCCCAAGGGCAAUAGGCUCAUUAAUAAUACCUCUGUCUGCUAAGUUCCUAAGCACACUUGUAAGGAAAAGGAAGAGGAAGAUACAUGGUGGAAUUCUUGGGAAGAUUGACCCUCCAAGCCCUGGUCUUGAAUCAGGGGAGGAUGAAGAAGAGCUCAGCUAUGACGAGCCCAAGAAGCGGAUGUGGGGGUUUGUUUAUGGGAUAGUGCCGGAGAAGGGUAAACCGUUGACCGGAUCGUCUGAUAGUUUACAGGAGUGGUGGAAGGAAAAGGUUCGGUUCAAGAAAAAUGCACCUCUGGCUAGUGCUGACAUUUUGCCGCCCGUUUUGGAACAGGGUCAGUUGGAUCCUGCAUCUUGUAUGCAUCUCCUUCAGGAUUUGCAGGAUACAACUAUCGGGACGAGGAGGCUGGUGAGGCAGUCCAAGUCUUUACAAGACAAGAUGACGGCCAAGGAGACAGCAGCUUGGUCUAAAGUGGUUGACCAGGAAAAAACACUCAUGAAACUUACAAAGACCUGUCUGAAAAUCUCACCUUCCGAAGAAGAUGGAGAAGGAGAAGAAAAAGAAUGGAACCCUCGGAGUCAUCCUGCCAAGAAGAAGACGUCCAGCCCUAGAAAGCGCGAUGAAGGGAAAAGGAAGUUUCAUUUUGAUCCAGGGAAGUUUCCAGAAAGUGGAGAAGGAUCAGGCUCUGUGGGGAAGUGCUCAAGAACUGACUCUGAAAGUAAUAAUUGUCUAAACACUGAAGGAGACUCUGAUUCAUCUGCUAGGAAUUUUCUCCAGUAUGAUCUACAGAAGGAACUGCCUGGCACGAGCACUUGUGGAAACGUUAGCCAGAAUAUACUUACCGUGGCAGAGUGGCUUGAUAUGGAGCUAGCAAAGGCUAACCAGAACAGCGAGGUUGAUGUGAAUGAAAUUGCAGGGCUCUCUAGCAGAAUGGUAGAAGAUUAUAUGACUUACUGGGGUGGUGCAUUUGAGGACACAGGGAUGCAUGCAGAAUUUCCAUUUCUCCAAAAGGAAGUAAUGGACUUAAACACCUGCCCCAUAUUAGGGGACUUAAAUCAUCAAGGAUCAACUUCAGUCUGGGUUUUGGGAUAUUAAGGAUAGAUGAUAACAGGAAUCGAGCAACUUCUGUAAGUUGAUUGCUCCAAAGUUGAGAUUUUGAAACCCUAAACCUGUUCAGAAUCAGAAAGAAAUUAGUUUAUUUGGGGCAUUGAAAUAAAGGGCAUAGCAUCUU